AUGGUACUACCAUUAUUCUGCUUCACCACCCUGCUGGAGAUUUUGCCACACCUGCCCCUGGACGUUUGCCGCUGGGCUUUACCACCUUGCCCUGGACGUUUGCCGCUGGGCUUUACCACCAAGCCCUGGACGUUUGCUGCUGGGCUUUACCACCUGGCCCUGGACGUACUCUGCCCCUGCGUGCCCCGCCAGGCAUCUCGGAAGCUGAUUUUACGGGUGUCCCUGCUGCCGCUGUGGACUCAUCUGCAGUCGUCCGACCCCGUUCGCCAGUUGGUUCUGCUGCUGUUAUGGCCGCCGCUGCUGGCUGCUGCGUACCUUCACUGCUGGGGCGAACUCCGGAUGCAAACUGGUGUGGCCGCUGCAAAAACGUCUGCUCCCUACAGGACACUGCCUCCCCAGGACACUGUCCCCUGUCUGGCUGGCUACUUCUUCGACCAGCAGCAGCAGCAGCAGCAGCAGCAGCAGCAGCAGCAGCAGCAGCAGCAGCAGCAGCAGCAGCAGCAGCAGCAGCAGCAGCAGCAGCAGCAGCAGCAGCAGCAGCAGCAGCAGCAGCAGCAGCAGCAGCAGCAGCAGCAGCAGCAGCAGCAGCAGCAGCAGCAGCAGCAGCAGCAGCAGCAGCAGCAGCAGCAGCAGCAGCAGCAGCAGCAGCAGCAGCAGCAGCAGCAGCAGCAGCAGCAGCAGCAGCAGCAGCAGCAGCAGCAGCAGCAGCAGCAGCAGCAGCAGCAGCAGCAGCAGCAGCAGCAGCAGCAGCAGCAGCAGCAGCAGCAGCAGCAGCAGCAGCAGCAGCAGCAGCAGCAGCAGCAGCAGCAGCACAGCAGCAGCAGCAGCAGCAGCAGCAGCAGCAGCAGCAGCAGCAGCAGCAGCAGCAGAGCAGCAGCAGCAGCAGCAGCAGCAGCAGCAGCAGCAGCAGCAGCAGCAGCAGCAGCAGCAGCAGCAGCAGCAGCAGCAGCAGCAGCAGCAGCAGCAGCAGCAGCAGCAGCAGCAGCAGCAGCAGCAGCAGCAGCAGCAGCAGCAGCAGCAGCAGCAGCAGCAGCAGCAGCAGCAGCAGCAGCAGCAGCAGCAGCAGCAGCAGCAGCAGCAGCAGCAGCAGCAGCAGCAGCAGCAGCAGCAGCAGCAGCAGCAGCAGCAGCAGCAGCAGCAGCAGCAGCAGCAGCAGCAGCAGCAGCAGGCAGCAGCAGCAGCAGCAGCAGCAGCAGCAGCAGCAGCAGCAGCAGCAGCAGCAGCAGCAGCAGCAGCAGCAGCAGCAGCAGCAGCAGCAGCAGCAGCAGCAGCAGCAGCAGCAGCAGCAGCAGCAGCAGCAGCAGCAGCAGCAGCAGCAGCAGCAGCAGCAGCAGCAGCAGCAGCAGCAGCAGCAGCAGCAGCAGCAGCAGCAGCAGCAGCAGCAGCAGCAGCAGCAGCAGCAGCAGCAGCAGCAGCAGCAGCAGCAGCAGCAGCAGCAGCAGCAGCAGCAGCAGCAGCAGCAGCAGCAGCAGCAGCAGCAGCAGCAGCAGCAGCAGCAGCAGCAGCAGCAGCAGCAGCAGCAGCAGCAGCAGCAGCAGCAGCAGCAGCAGCAGCAGCAGCAGCAGCAGCAGCAGCAGCAGCAGCAGCAGCAGCAGCAGCAGCAGCAGCAGCAGCAGCAGCAGCAGCAGCACAGCAGCAGCAGCAGCAGCAGCAGCAGCAGCAGCAGCAGCAGCAGCAGCAGCAGCAGCAGCAGCAGCAGCAGCAGCAGCAGCAGCAGCAGCAGCAGCAGCAGCAGCAGCAGCAGCAGCAGCAGCAGCAGCAGCAGCAGCAGCAGCAGCAGCAGCAGCAGCAGCAGCAGCAGCAGCAGCAGCAGCAGCAGCAGCAGCAGCAGCAGCAGCAGCAGCAGCAGCAGCAGCAGCAGCAGCAGCAGCAGCAGCAGCAGCAGCAGCAGCAGCAGCAGCAGCAGCAGCAGCAGCAGCAGCAGCAGCAGCAGCAGCAGCAGCAGCAGCAGCAGCAGCAGCAGCAGCAGCAGCAGCAGCAGCAGCAGCAGCAGCAGCAGCAGCAGCAGCAGCAGCAGCAGCAGCAGCAGCAGCAGCAGCAGCAGCAGCAGCAGCAGCAGGACAUCAGGUCUGUGCCCUCAGCGCCGUGUCCCAAGAUCCGACGAGCGGCAUGGAGGGGGAAGAUGCACCUACAUGGACCAGGGGAGAGAAGGGUAUAUUUUUGCAAAGUAAGAUCUUCACCACCUCCACCCUGCCACCACCGCUGCGGCCAGAGGACGACAAACCCCCACCACCGCCACGGGCGCUGUUGAGGGGGAUGUCAUACAAGAGCAUGUCCGCAUUCGGCAGUGAGGAGGAGGCCGCCAUGAUGGCACUCCCCCUCGAAGAGGAGUCGCCGGAGCUCCGGGUGAGGAGCUGGAUCGAGAGUUCACCUGUGGUUGGGGGGUCGGGGUUCGUGAUGCGGGACAUCGACGUCAUCCCAGGGACGUCAUCACCGAUGGGUGGAUUGACUCUGGGGCCACUACCACCAUUGGCCCAACUGGUGUCGCCACCGGUUUCGUCGUCGUCGCCGGUUCCCAUUUGGGCGCCAUCUUCAUCACCGCCGCCAUCGCCGACGUACUGGAUGUCACCGACCUCAAAUUUGACGGAGGAGCUCAUGACAUCCCUCAAUCCUGUGCCGGGGGCUACGGUCACAACUGUGCAACUACCCUCGACAACGGAGCUGCUGGGUCUAAUGGCCCUCCUAGAUUCAAGACCAUCUGUGGGGACCGUGACGGAGGCGACGUCGAUGGCGGCGGCGCUGCCGGUGGCCUGGGCGGAGGCGCCGCCGGUGGCCUGGGCGGAGGCAGCGACGUCGAUGGUGCCGCCGCCGGUGACCGGGGCGAUGGAGGCGACGUCGAUGUUGGCGCCUCCAGUGGCCUGGGCGGAGGCAGCGACGUCGAUGGUGACACCUCCGGUGGCUUGGGCGGAGGUGCUGCCGCCGGUGACCGGGGCGACGGUGGCGACGUCGAUGGUGGCGGAGACGGGGCUGCCUGUGGCCUGGCGGGACGGCGCUGCCGGUGGCCUGGGCGGAGACAGCGCUGCCGGUGGCCUGGGCGGAGACAGCGCUGCCGGUGGCCUGGGCGGAGACAGCGCUGCCGGUGACCUGGGCGGAGACAGCGCUGCCGGUGACCUGGGCGGAGACGCCGCCGACGAUGACCGGGGCGACGGAGGCAACGUCUGA